AUGCCAAGUUGGGCGUCGCGCUGCCGGGCCGGCCCGUCCGGCUCUGUCGCGGCCGCGGUCGUCUUUGCACUCCUCGCAUGCGCCCCAGCAGCAGUCUCGGCCAUGCCAGGCUUGGCCAAGCCCACCGCCGCAGCAGCCCGAGAAGCUCCCGCUCCCGCCCCCGCCGCCCCCUACCCGACAACAAAGACGCGCAUCCAGACGGGCACGUCGACGUCGGCGACGACCAUGUACCCCUGGAACGACGGCCCCAGCGAGAUCACGCUCAUCGACGCGUCGACCGUCACGACCUACGAGCCGGGCCCCGUCACCGCCUUCCCCGCCACCGUGCUCGAGACCGAGGUGCACACGCGGCGGCUCACGUCGGUCGUGGCGCGGCGCGGCGCGGCGCGCUCAACGGGCUCGUCGGUGCGCGUCUACACCCUCACGCGCGCCUGGCUGGUGCACCGGCCGGACCCGGCUGUUGACCUGCCGGCGGCCGCGGCGCUGCCGUGCGGGCGGUGCCAAGGGAGGAACAAGGAAAUGGAGGGAAAAGAGGACGACGACGACCCACGCUGUAGGGCCAGGGGCCUCCGGACGGCGUGUCAGCGGCAGUGCGACGUGCGCGCGGCAGACGACGGGAACCUGUGGUGCUACCGGCUCGAGCGGCACGAGUACGUGUUCCCGGAGCUGCGCAUGGGGAGGGCCUGCUGGGGCGACGGCGGCGGCAACGAGUUCAUGCAGCUCAACGAGCCGUGCGCGGCGGGCGACUACCGCGUCGGCUGCGUGCCGUGCCGCGGCGAGGCCGUCAACUGGAACGGGGCAAACUGGAUCGAUCCGUGAUGUAUAUAUUCGGGAAUUGUAUGAUGCCGAGGGAAUAAGAUACGACAUGGAAAAAAGAGAUAUGAUGCAUCAUAUAUGCUACAACCUGCUGCUAAUCGA